UUUUUAUAGAAUAGGCAUAUUGUUUGUCUUCUUGCUUAGCGCAACUCAUUGCACGUAAUAAUGGACUUCAAUAAAAGCAACAUGGACAAUUACAGCAAAGAAAAGAAACAAAAUAGCUAAGCAUAAAUUGUAUGUGGGGAUUUGACCCAAAAAAUUUGCAUGUGGGAACUCUAUAUAAGUAACAAAACCCAUUAGCAUUUUCAUCAAAUUUGAGCUUUGGAAAUUCUCUUCUUUCAUCAUAUCACAUUUAAGUAACCUAUCUAACCCAAGAUGGCCCCAAAACUCAUUCUAGCAUCAUUAGUCAUUUUCCUCUCACUCCUCUUUAAAUCCACCCUAGCCAAACAUAACUCUCAAACAAUAAACUACAUAGAGUCCUCUUGCAAUGGUACCCUCUACCCUGAUUUAUGCAUUCGUUGCCUAAACAAGUUUUCCAAAUCAACCAUAAAUGGACCUCAACACUUAGCACAUGUUGCCUUAUUCGCGAGCCUCUCAAGAGCAUUGCAAACAAGAGGGUACCUUUUGAAUGCGGCCAAGGAACUCAAAGCUAUUGAUCACAACAACAAAAGGAUGUAUCUAACCGUGCAAGAUUGUGUGAAUCAAAUGAAUGAUAGUGUUGAUCAACUUAGUCAAGCCAUCAAAGAACUAAAAAGGUUGAACAAAUUUAACACAAUCAUCAAUGAUAAAGUGUUGUGGCACAUAAGUAAUGUUGAGACAUGGGUUAGCACUGCCUUAACCGACGCUAGUAGUUGUGUGCAAUCGUUCCCUGGUCAUAGAAUGAGCAAGAGGGUUGCGACGAUUAAGGUGAAGGCGAAGAAUGUUGCAGAAGUUACUAGUAACGCACUUGCUUUGUUUCAAAGUUAUGCUACAAGGUAUCGACAAGAAGCAGCUAGAACUUCCAAGAAGCCAUGAAAAUCUUUAAUCAUACUUUUUGUCACCCUUUGUUUGUCCAUGUAUAUGAUACAUGGUUUUUUCUUUGGGUGGUUUUGCAACGUUAUUUAUUAAGUGCAAUAUUGAUGUAUGAAUGUAAGAUUAACUCCAUUACUAUCUAUGUUAACAGUAAUAUUUAUGCUACCUAUAUUUUGUUGUUGAGUAUUUCGUUGGUUGGUAAUGGUUAAAUAAUUUGAAGACCGUGUGU